AUUUUUGUUUGCGAAAAUAUUGCGACAGAUCCCUAAUUCAGUCCCCGCGCUUUGAAGACUCUCAAUCGAAUGUUCGCAUAAUUCUCUCAUCCGCAAGCUCCAAUAUAGAUUCUGGAUGAAUCGAAACCUGAUCAAUCGUUAGACAAGGGGGCAAGAGCAUCCAAUGUGGAAACUCAUGGUGUGCGUGACGAUAUCGAUGUGAAUACCCCUGUCAGUGAUAUCAAAGGCCCAAAUGCAUUUGAAAGAGCAAAGGAAGAAUUUGAGGCUAUAGUUGAAACGAUUCAUCGACGUAAAGAAGAUAAGUUUCAAAAUUCAUCAUCAAGUGUUCAAAGGUGUAUAUUGUUAGCAUUACAUUGUUUUUGCAUAAUGUCUAUUGGAAACUAUAUUGGGAGUACUUUUUGGAUGCUGUAAAAAGGGUUUUGGAUCAUAUGGUUUCAGGGAUGAUGCCACAUAAAAUUGAGAAUCAAAGUUCACCUGCAGAUAAGGGGGUAGAAGCACCCAAAGUGUUGGAGAACAGUAAAGAAGAGACAGAGGCAUUGUUGCACACCAAGAAACAGCCAACACAUAACGAGGAAACUCAGGGGCUGCAUGAUGAUAUAGAUGUCAAUACCCCGCUCAGUGAUAUCAAAGGCCCAAAUGUGCUUGAAAGAGUAAAGGAGGAAUUUGAAGCCAUAGUUGAAUCCAUUCAUCAACGUAAAGAAGAUAAAAAUCAAGACUCGCCUUCAAGUGCUGAAAGGAAUGAUGCCGCAUUUACAGGAUUGAAAUAUGAGAAACAAAGUUCACUUGCAGAAGAUCAUAAGAGCGGUCCCAGUAAAAUGAAGCAAGAUAACAUAGAAGUAAAAGAAGAAACACCUAAAAAGAAGUCGUUAUUCGUUCAUCAUAAGGAGACUCAUGGAAGGGGGGAGGAUAUUGAUGUUGACACCCCGAUCAGUGAAUUCAGAGGUCCUAGCAUCUUUCAUCGUGCUAAAGAAGAGUUUGAGGCCAUUGUUGACACAAUUCAGUCCAAGAAAGAUUCUGAUCAGGAUACCCGUUCACCAAAGAAAGAGGGCGGUCUCAGUAAAACGAAGCAAGAUAACAUAGAAGUAAAAGAAGAAACACCUAAAAAGAAGUUGUUCAUUCAUCAUAAGGAGACUCAUGGAAAGGGGGAGGACAUUGAUGUUGACACCCCGAUCAGUGAAUUCAGAGGUCCUAGCAUCUUUCAUCGUGCUAAAGAAGAGUUUGAGGCCAUCGUUGACACAAUUCAGUCCAAGAAAGAUUCUGAUCAGGAUACCCGUUCACCAAAGAAAGAGGGCGGUCCCAGUAAAACGAAGCAAGAUAACAUAGAAGUAAAAGAAGAAACACCUAAAAAGAAGAAGUUAUUCAUUCAUCAUAAGGAGACUCAUGGAAAGGGGGAGGAUAUUGAUGUUGACACCCCGAUCAGUGAAUUCAGAGGUCCUAGUAUCUUUCAUCGUGCUAAAGAAGAGAUUGAGGCCAUCGUUGACACAAUUCAGUCGAAGAAAGAUUCUGAUCAGGAUACCCCGUCACCAAAGAAAGAGGGCGGUUUCCGAGCUACAAUUAGUAAAAAGCUCCAAACAAUUUACACCAAAGACAAGAACCGGGACUGAGGUGAGUUACAAGUUAUGAUAAUUGAUAACGAUCAUUCGUCAGUUUGAAACUAGAUACAACUGAAAUUGAAUUCUAGGGUUCUCAAAGAUUGGAUAACUUCUAAGAAAACUACUGUUUUUCUUAUUGCCGAUUACCUUUCGAUAACGAAAUAUGCGUUGUAUUCUUUAACUAUUAGCUUAUUACAAGCAUUGGCUGUUUCCAAAGAAAAAGCAUCAUCAAGGACAAGCCAAAGGUUACACAUGAAUACAAAGAUAUUUUCUCUCU